UGACUGAACAUGGAGACUCUCUUUUGUUCUAGUCAAAGACUCCAAAUGUGACUACCCUGCAGCCUGUAAUGCCAUGGAGACCCUCCUUAUUCACAGAGAUUUGCUGCGCACUCCUUUAUUCGACCAGAUCAUUGAUAUGUUGAGGACAGAAGAAGUAAAGAUUCACGCGGGUCCUCGCUUUGCAUCGUACUUAACCUUUAGCCCGUCUGAGGUGAAGUCUCUCCGUACAGAGUACGGGGACCUGGAGUGCUGCAUCGAGGUGGUAGACAGCAUGCAGGACGCUGUGGACCACAUUCACAAAUAUGGCAGCUCCCACACUGAUGUCAUUGUCACAGAGAACGAGGAAACAGCCGAGCAGUUCCUGCAGCAGGUCGACAGCGCCUGCGUGUUCUGGAACUCCAGCUCUCGCUUUGCCGACGGAUACCGCUUUGGCCUGGGAGCUGAGGUUGGCAUUAGCACAGCAAGGAUACACGCCAGGGGCCCAGUGGGUUUGGAGGGACUCCUUACGACAAAAUGGGUCCUUCGAGGAGAGGGGCACACUGUUGCAGACUUCUCCGAGCAAGGCAGUAUGAAAUAUCUCCACGAAAGCAUCCCGGUCCCACAGGGACAUAUUAAUUAGGAGAUCUCCCAGCUGGAGCCAAACCAACAGAUGUCUGGAAAGAGUUUAUUAGAGCCUUGUGUCAAACGGUAUAAUUUCAACUUCCUAGCUGCUCCUUCAUCACCUGUUUGAGUUUUCUAUAUCAGUGCAGACUUGCAGAUGCCAUCGGGUUGAUUUUUGUAGAUUUCCAAUUUCCUAAUUGUGUGAACCAGUGCUGAAACCUGUGAAUCUGAAUUUUUCAGUGCAUCAACAAAACGUACAUUUUGCUAAAGCAACAACAAAAAAGCUGUGCAUAAUGCAGACAUGAAGUAAAGCUCAUUUUCCCUUCUAUAAAGUCAUUUUUGUAACAAGAUUUUAAAAAAAAUGGAUCAUUGGCUCAGCUGUGAUUUUCUAAUUUAUUUUUUUACAUUUAAAGUCUCCCUUUGUUUUGUAAAUCACUGCAAGUACUGUUUGUGCAAGAUAUUGGUUCUGAUUUUUUUUUUUUGCUGUCCUCUUUGCAGAGAUAAUUUAAUAAAUAUGGUGUACAGUUCUUAAA